CACCUCUUUAUGUAGUAAACUUUAACCCAUUUCUACAUUAAGAUUAACAUGUCAGUUAACAUGAUAGUAUUCGUUAUACCUCUUGUAUGACUUUACCAGUGUGACUAAAUGUCAUUUGUCAGUAUACUCAGAGAUUGCUAAUGCUUUUUUAUGAUAAAGAUUUAAAAUAAAAGGUGAAUUCCCUUCUCUUCUUUGGCUAAGAGUGUAUAUGGAUAUCUUAACUUUGUAUAUUCCAUGGAUGGUUUAAAUCAUUAAUAAAUAUUUACCUAAGAUGAUUGGGUAUUGGAAUUAAAUGUAUGUGAAAUGAUCUAAAUAGAACCUCGGACAACAAGAAGUAUCAUUUCCAAGAUCCCCCUUAACUCAAGGAUCAAGCUCUGACUGGCCUUAUGAAUAACAAUGAGUGACGAAAAAAGGGAAGCUAUCUUAUCCUACAAAAAACUACUUUCUUACCAGGAGGAAAACUUGGGAAGCAGUGAUUACGAGGUGGAAACAGAAAUAUGUGGCAGAAGGGAUAAAAUACGAGUGUUGAUUCUUCAAUUCUUGUGUUCGUGUCAGGUUGAAGACAGAUUUCACUAUCAGGAAAUACCGCGUAUCAUAUUAAACAGUCCAUUUGUGGAUUACUUUCCAGGAAAAUCACAAGAAGCCUUCUAUGACGUGGAGAGUUACAUUCUUUUGUUGUGCUUAAUGCCAUGGAAACAGGAAUUUCAUAAAUUGAAGAAAUAUGGUGGGUUCUUCAGAACAAAAAUAGCGUCCCAUCUUAAGAAUGCUGAGACACUUUUUCAGCUCAUUGGAUUUCGUGAAGUCUCGGAGGGUUUACUUAAACUAGAGAUUGUCCCUCCUCUAGAAAUUCUGCAGUAUAUAGCGUUUGAAUGUUUAAUGGCCGCUGUUGAAUGCAGUGUUAUUGAAGAAAUAUGGAAGCGUGUGAAAAAUACAGGAAUUAAAUAUUCAGAAGUUGUGGAAAUACGUUUUCAGAAUUCAGGAAGUGUUGAUAGCAUAGCGACAAGUAUUGAAGCAAAAUUUAAGUCGCAAAAGAAUUUAACUGCCGUUAAUUGUCCAGACAGUGCUACUUCUCAAAGUAGCUAUAGAACAACACAUAAUAGUCUCACCAAAAGGGGAGGUGCCUCGGUUACAGACAGAGGUGUUUUUAAAUCUUCAUCUGGUAAAAAAACUACGGACGAUUUUCGAAAUAAACUUCAGAAGCAUAUGGAAGUUCUCGGUGUAACUGAUCCAUGUGAUGUGGAAAAAAUACCCUUUAUGGAUGAGGAAACCAAAGAAUAUGAUGAAAAACCAGUUGACAUAGAUGAACAUGUUUUAGCUAGUCUUCAAUGUUUGGAGGACAAAGAAAUAUCUCCCAUAGAACGGACAGAUACAAGUAAUCAAGAGCUUAAAGGUUCCAGAGAAUGGGCUUUUGUGACUGAUUCUUUACAUAGACGGUAUGGUGAUAAGUAUUUUGAAGGUCCAAGAAAAGAUAUCCUGACAAACAAACAAGACCCAAGUCAAAUGAAAAGUCCUUAUGUUAAAUUGCAAGCUGUUGAGAAUCCGCACUUAUAUGCCAACAGUCCAGCUGCAAUACAUAACCGAGUCCAACAAUUGGGCGACCUUUCCUCCCCUGUUAUCCAGUCAAGAGACUCUGACUACAUAAGUGACUUGACACAACAGUCUCAGUCCCCUAGCGCAUACUUGACUCAAGCCCCAACUCCGCGAGAAAUGCAAGCGUUUCUGGGAAAAGAUCGGCCCCAGGUACAGCCCCAGUCAGAAAUUCACCUCCGACAAGGACACAUAAGCCAAGUACCACGACAGAGCCACACUGAACCCAUAGCUAAAAGGAGCUCUGCUCCUCUGAAUUACUACACAAACCAGUUGCCCUCACCCCACUCAACACCGAUCAUGACUCCGCCUGUGAUGGUUAACCAGCCAAACUAUAUUGGACAUUCACCGGUCUUGCCUCCAAGUAGUAACAACCUGUCACAAUCGUCUGGAUCAAAGCAGCCAUCUAACAUCCAAAUGUUGUCAAAGACGGCACCAAACAAUUCUUUAACCCAAGCCAGACUAACUUCCCCUUCUCAGAGAGAAACCGCUGUCUAUCCCUUGGUCUCCGGUAACCAGAAUGUCCUGUCACCUCAGCCAUUAUUAAAAAGAAGUGUUACAGAACCAGUGUAUGGGCGGGCGGCAGCCGGACAAUUAGUUAAACAACAAAAUGCAAAAUUGAUCAACACAUACCCCUCUCAAAUGAGCAAAAACACUUGGUCAUGUACAGCAUGUACAUAUAUAAACGAUUGGUCUGAAAGAGUGUGUGCAAUGUGUUCUAAAAGUCGUGAUAUAGUGGACACAGAUUCUCCGCCCGAAGUGGGUCAGAGUUCAAGAGUCUGUGGGCAGUGUACCCUGGAAAAUGGGCUUAAUGCUAUGAAGUGUCAUGCAUGUGGAAACGAACUAAAAGGUUCACAGACAGUGGUUUAGGGUCAUAUCAUAGCCAUUAUGUUCUGGAUUUAUUCAUAUUGUUUUUAUAAAUGCUAGUUUCGCUCUUGCUCUAACUUUAAUUUAUAUAUUAUACAUGAGCUAAAAAUGAGUUAGUUAUAUUUCAGUAUUUUGUUUCAUUUAUCCUUCACAGUUGUUUGUGGUUAUGUGUGCCUUGUUUGUAAACAAUAUUUAUUUAUUAACUUUGUUUUAAUUGAAGUUAUUUAGAAUAUUCAAAUAAAAAAUACAACUUUGAUUACAAUAGAUAUUUCUGUCUGCUUUUCUAUGAUCGGGGAUCAGCAUCAGGAUAGUGAUUCAAUAAUGAACUUUUAAGAAAACCCAUCAAAACAUAAUCAUGUUUUCUGAUAGCUCCAAUAACAUGAAAUUUUAAUGCAGUCCAAUUUAGAUGCGGAUUGACUCCAUGUCACAUCACUGGGAAUCCAAAACUCACAUAUAUUUGUGUAAUCGGAACCUUAAAAUGUACAUGUAGUGGGAUUCAGAGUUAUUGUCAGAUUUGCAUGUAUUCCUUGCAUUAAAAAAGUGUAUACAUAUAAGAGAAUAGAGGUUAUAAAUGCUGAAUUUGUGAUUGCUACUACAUAACGGUGCAUUGACCAAAAACAGGCCCCAAUUUUUCGAAACUUCUUAAGCUUAACAGGCUUAAGUUGCUUAUUUCAGUUAGCCAAAAUACAUACUUAAAUUGAAUUUGAUAAAUGAAAAAUAGUGUAUUGUGAUUAUCAUAAAGAUUAUUUCUAUCUAAAGUGUAAAAACUAUUAAAGAAGUUAAUAUUGCGCAAUUUACUGUAAACCAAAAAUAAUGAGAUUAGCUUAAUCCUGUUAAAAGGGACUUAAAGGCCUAGUGUAAGGAACGUUUGGCAUGAUAAUCCCCUGCUGUGCAUCUCCUGCUAAUUGAUGUAUCUAGGCACACUCCAGCAAGCCCAUCUGUACAAAUGAAUUUAGGUUCCCUCGAAAUGACAAAUACUUGAAACGUUUUUUUUUUGGGGGGGGGGGGGGAGUCACUUAUACAAGGCUUAAACUAGACAAGUUUCGAGAAAUUGGGGCCAGAUUUCUAGUAGAUAAAGCAUGGUUUUUACAUGAAGUUUUUCAGUCAAAAAACAGUUUCAGGUAAAAAACAAUUUGUUUUCAAUCCGAGUUACAAAACAAGUGUGACUUUAGGAGGGUCGUUGAUUUUGAAUUCAUAUGAAAUAUGGUAUAUACAACUCUUUUUGAUGCAAUCAUUUCAUCCAAAGGAUGAUAUAUACCUGAUUAAAAUAAAAAGUGGUGAAAUCAUUUACUUUUUUGAUGGGUAUAGUUUAAAUUUAUACUCAGUGAGUAUGUCAAUGUGUAUCUUGUGUAAUUAUUAUACAUUGCAUUAUGUCUUCGUUUUUGUAAGUACGCUGUUUUCAUUUGAGAGCGAGAUGUAGAUAUUUGUGAUUAAUGACUAACCACAUAUUUACUGUUGUGAUAUAGGCCGAGCAAAGUGACGUAGUUUAUGUGCGUAGUUUGUUGUCAACCGGCCGUGACUUUUAUAAUUAAUAAGCAUAUUAAUCAAGGUGAACUUGCCUCAACCCGUUUUACAGAAGAAAGCCCUUGGCGAGGUCAAGAAUAAUAUAGAGAUACAAUGUGUAUUAAAAACGUAAAUAAUGCUGCUGAUAUUUCAGCUUAUCCAAUUUUCAAUUCUCUUAAUAUCGUCUCAAUUUAGUGCAAUUAAUUGGCUAUUUUAAUACGUGUACAAGGUUUAUAAUAUUUAAGAUUGGUAUUACGUCGAGUUUGUUUGUAUAUACGUAGGAAGCUUACGUGAUGAAUAACGCUAAUAUAAAUAAUGUUAACGUGUAUAGCUGUAUACAGUAUUUGAAAUAAAGGAGGGAAAACAUGC